AUGUUGAGCGCUUCUCCGUGUAACAACUGCGCCAAAACCACCUUCAUCCGCGACGAUGUCUCCGGAGAUUUGGUGUGUUCAUCAUGCGGCGUCGUUCAACAAUUCGAUCAAUUCGACUCCCAAAUCGGCGGCAUUGACGGUCCUCGAGGAACCUUCAUCAACGUCGGAACCGCCGGUUCGGGUAGCCUUUACACCUACAGAGAUAGGAAACUAUUUGCUGGACAAAACUCCAUUGACGAAUUAACGUUUAGGUUGGGGUUAACUUCGAAAAGCGUCGGUAUCAGAAAUAUGAUAUCUAUUAUCACGGAGGGUGAGUUCGGGCAAGGCAAUUGGUUUCAGGUGUUGAUUGGCGCGUGUGCCUAUGUCGUUAUGCGAAGGGAUGAUCUACCUUUGCCCAUGGCUGAAAUUGCUUCCGCUGUUGAGUGUGAUGUGUACGAGCUUGGUAAGAUGAUUAUGCGAGUUGUUGAUUUUUUGGACUUGAAGAGUGAUUUUCCUGAGUUUGACAUAGUGCAUUCGUUGCAGCGGACUCUUAAUAAUUCUCCUAGUUUUGCCUCUGUUGAGAGGAAUAUAUUGGAGAGAAUGCGGAAGCAGGGAAUAUUUUUUAUGCAGUGUGCGGUGAAGUGGUUUUUGAGCACUGGUCGCAGGCCGAUUCCUUUGGUGGUUGCAGUUUUGGUUUUUGUGGCUGAAUUGAAUGAUGUUCAAGUGAGGAUGGAUGAUUUGGCUAAGGAGGUUCAUGCCACGGUUUCCACUUGUAGAGCUAGUAUAUGGAGAGGAAGUCUGUCAAAGCCUGUUGAGAAAGGGAAGAAUUUUGAUCAGCCUGGGCUGGAUUUGGCUGAUACUGUUGCUGAAUGCUUGAGACAUGAUGAUGAAUUUGAAUAUGGGAUUGAUGGCAUAACAUCCCGAAAAGAUUCUCGGUAUUUUUUGUCAGAACGUAAUGCUGAUAAACAGGGGAUCAUGGAUGUUGACAAGCUGCUGAUUUCACCUGAAUGCUUGUCCCUGGUGGAGUGGUGGGAUGGGAAGUCAGAACUGAGCAAAAAGCUUGUACUUAAACAAUUACUAGAGAAGGAUGUUGGAGUGGAAACCAUGCCGCCAUCAUUUCUCACUGGUCAAUUGAAAUGUAAAAUGAGGCAAGAGAGGAUCAAUGCUGCUAAGGUGCGGAUUAAGAGAAUUCUGCAUUCGUUAGAUGCUGAUACGGGUGAUGCUGAGAAUCCUGACCUUCUAGAAAGCCCUUAUCUUGAGAGAAGAAGGAAGAAGAGAAGAGGAAUGGUAGUUGAUGAUAUUGAUUGGGAAGACUUAAUCAUUGAGACCCUUAUUCUUCAUCAAGUAAAAGAAGAAGAAAUUGAGAAGGGGCAUUACAAUACCUUACUGGAUCUACACCUGUUUAACUCUGGAAUUGUAUGA